AAAAUAACAAAUAGAUUUGGUGUAAACAUUGUUUUACAUUUAGUUUAGAUUGCAAUAUUUGCAGUGUUGUUUAAACUAUUCAACAUCAGAAGAUGGGAUCUAUUGCCCUUGUUCUGAUCCUUCUUUUUACUGGAUCAUGUAUUGAUACCAAAUAUACAACUGCAGAAAAGAUAAAUGAUGAUUUGGAUGGUGCCUCAACUGAUACAGAAGAAGAAGAUGAAACAGCAACAACUAUACUUUCAGAAUAUGAAAACGAAUUUACAUCAACUACAGAAGGUGAUGCAUCGACCAAAGCUGAAGUAAUUGAUACAAAUACCACAAUAGAAGCAGUAUCUAAUACAUCGUCCGCUAUUGCAGUACUUGAUACAAAUACCACAAUUGAAGGAGUGGCUGAUACAUCGGCCGCAACUGAAGUUUUCGAUACAUUUGCCACUACUGAAGUUUUGGAUACAUCUGCCACUACUGAAGUAUCUAAUACAUCGAGUACAAAUGAAGUACUAGAUACAACUACCACAAUUGAAGGAGUGCUUGAUACAACUACCAAAACAGAAGAAGUACUAGAUACAACCAUCACAAUUGAAGGAGUACUUAAUGAUACAAAUACCUCCACUGGAGUCGUUGAUACAACUACCACAAUAGAAGGAGUGCUUUAUACAACAACCAAAAUAGAAGGAGUGGUUGAUACAACUACCAUAAUAGAAGGAGUGCUUGGCACAUCUACCACAAUAAAAGGAAUGCUUGAUACAACUACCAUGAAUGGAGUUGUAUCUGAUACAUCUACUACAAGCGAAAUAGUUGAAACAACUACAACUAGAGUAGUUGAUACAACUACAACUAGAGUAGUUGAUACAACUACAAUUGGAGUGGUUGAUACUACAACAACAGAAAAAAUGGAUCCAUCCACUACAACAAAAAGCUCAGAGUUAGAUGAAACAACAACCAUUAGCAACAACAUGUCUGAAUCUACAGCGGAACUCUCAUUUACCACCGAAAAAUCCGAAGGUUCAGAUUCAAAAAAAACUUCAACAACAUCCAAAUCUACAGACAGAUCUGAGCUUAUAUCAACGACAAUGAUAAACUUUCUUACACCAAAGUCUAAUCCAAACUCUGAAUUUACAAAUGAAAAACCUGAGACGUACAAUCCUAAAAAGACCGACGCUGUUAGCACUGGAACAACUGACUCAGAAAAGAAUUCUAUUAUAAGAAUCACUAAACUUUUAAAUAGUGUAACUGAUCUUGAACUAUUGCAACCUGAACAAUUGAAAUCAUCAGGAAACAUAAACUCUGCUUCAACAGUUAUUCAUCCUCAGAGCUUUGGAAAAAUUUCAGGAUACUCCUCUGGUGGCUCUUACUCCGAAGGCAUGAACCUCUCUCAACAAGGACCAGGAGCAGCUCGAAGAAACCACGAAUUUCUCUCUUCCAACCCGUCCCAGUCUAAAAUUAGUUAUAAAGGUUCAACUAAACCCAGUUUACAAGAAACUUUCAAACCAUCUCCGAGAUAUCCAAGGAAAGGUGUGAACAGCAACUAUGUUGAUGUUGGAACUGAUAAUACUGUUUACUCAGCAGAAAGUUCUUUACCAGAGCUAUUUUCUCAAACUAAAUAUCAUUUGUUAACUAUGGCGGACGGAUCACAGAGUAUUAUAAAACUGGGGGAAAGAUGAGCGGACUGAAAGGAUAGUUUACACAUUAGGAAGAUAAGGAUUGGAAAUACAUUGAUCAUCUUCAACAGCUCUCUACCUUUAACCUUUUUUGGGAGAAAUGUGAUUUUCUUUUAGAAAUAAACACUUUUAAAAGUUUAA